GCCUUUGGAAAUUGGACUGUGAUGUGGCAGCGCCGGUCGCCUGUAUUGACUUGAGUUGGUGCAUGCUCAGUAGGAACCGACCUAGUUCUGCUGAAGAACUGAGAAUGCAGUCACAGUGAAUGUGGGGUCUGCACGCUACAGCUGGACUUGGUGAUCUCCGACGGAGACAAUGUUUCGAUAGAGGAAAAUAACGGGUUUUUAACUAGUUAUAUCUUAGUCCUCGAGUAAUGGUUGGGCAUCCCUCGAUCUAAUGACAACGACGGGAAUGCACGAAGAGACGGAGGUGAAUGCAAACAGUUCGUUGCGUUCUGUGGCCGCCACUUGCAGAUAGCCUGUCUACAGACGAUGGAAGCUCGUGUCGAGUGACAUUAUUCGUGGAUUGUUAGCAACCGACGGUCAUCAAACAUGAAUGGGCUAAACGGAUACGCGAUCCUCGUCCUGAUAUCCUUUGUCAGUAUUCUUACCACAGGGGCCUUUGAAUCGCCGCAGUCUCCGGCGGACGCCGGGAACAGUACGGUAAACAGGAACAGUACGGUAAACGGGACGACAACUCUAGAUGAUGGCCUAGUUCCCAUGGUGCUAACGACAAUAAACCAGAUCAUCGCUCGAGAGGGCAACUGCGUCCUCAUAGAUUGCAACGUCACCGGCGAGCCUUUCCCUGAUGUUGAGUGGUUCAACUCUCAUGGCCAACUACUACUUGACAAUGAAAGUAGUAAGUGGCGUAUCCUAGACGACGGCGUCCUCAACAUCACCAGCAUCACCUUCGCCGACCGCGGGCGCUACACGUGCGUGGCGACCAACCCGCUGGGCUCGGCCUCUGCCUCGGUGACGGUGCGCGUGGUGUUCACCAACGGCGACCUGGGCCUGUACUACGUGGCCGUGUGCCUGGCCACCUUCACCAUCAUCAUGGUGCUGAACGUCACGCGCCUCUGCAUGAUGAGCUCCCACCUCAAGAAGACGGAGCAGGCCAUCAACGAGUUCUUCCGCACCGAGGGCGCCGAGAAGCUGCAGAAGGCCUUCGAGGUGGCCAAGCGCAUCCCCAUCAUCACCUCGGCCAAGACGCUGGAGCUGGCCAAGGUCACGCAGUUCAAGACCAUGGAGUUCGCGCGCUACAUCGAGGAGCUGGCGCGCAGCAUCCCGCUGCCCCCCCUCAUCCUCAACUGCCGCACGCUGGUGGAGGAGCUGCUGGAGGUGGUGGGGGUCGACGAGAUGAGGCACACCUUCAUCCGGCAGGGCCCCGACGGGCACCACGCCGCCAUCACCGGAGGGGUGCCGGGGCCCGGCUUGUUGGCGUUGGGGGCCCCCGGGGACGGGGACGUGUUCAUGAUCCUGAGGGAGCGGGAGCGGAGCGGGUCGCCCACCGCCGACUCGGACGACGCCUCCUUGCACGAGCAGCCGCAGCACAUCGCCAUCCAGGUGUCGGUGCACCCUCAGCUGGCCUGCGCCGCCCCGUCGCUCGACCCGCCGCCCGCCCCCCUGGCCACGCCCGCCGCGGAGGUGGAGUCAGAGCAGGAAGAGGAGGAGCCUGGGGUGGGGUCAGGGGCGGAGUCAGGGCCAGAGGCGCCUGUUGCCGCAGAGCCUGUUGCCGAAGCGCCUGUUGCCGAAGCGCCUGUUGCCGAAGCGACACAGGCCAGCCAGCAGGUCAUCUACGAAAGCCAUGUGUGACGACGCCUGACCACCACUAGGGGUGGGGUGGGGUAGGGUGGGCUGGUGUCUUCGCUGCUAUGCAUUUCAAGAAACAUGGGUCAAAAACUAACUUUUGAAACUUCUGCUGUUUCAUUUUUCCCAUUUUAUUUAAUACUUUCAGACCGAGGAUUUGUAACGUCAAAAGUCUCUUUAUACGAUAAAUUCAGCUAGAGAGUUCCAGAAUUUCUGCAAUUCUUUUCCUCCUUUUUGUUCAGGAAUAUUCAUGUUGAAUGUGUGGGAGAGAAGCAAGGGGGAGGAAGGGAGAAGCCUCACGCCUCAGUCUGGAUGGGUUUUACACUGCUGAAUGUCGAUGUCCACUGGUUGCUAGGACACCACAGGUCAUAGGUCACCUUUUUUCCCCGCCUGUUGUUAUUGUUUAUUCAGUUUCCUUCUUCUGUCGUCCCUCAGCGAGUCACAUCAGUUGCAGUACAAUCUCAUGGCUAAAUCCAUUGGAAGCACAUUAGAGACAAAUCAAUACAUCAAGAACUUCAAAAGCCUAACCAAAUGAGGCGCUUGUAAACGGUGAGGGGUUGACCUUAAAUGCAGAACUACAAAAGCCUAAACAAAUGAGGCGUUUGUAAACAGUGAGGGGUUGACCUUAAAUGCAUGUAAAUACGCAUGAUGUCGCUCAGCUUUCAUAGACCUUCAAAGGACAGACCAGAAAUUAUGCUUCACUCGUUUUUUCCAUAGUGUGCGGUCUUGAAUUAGAUUAGGAUCUUAUCUAACAGAAAAUAGGUGUUCUUCCUCAACACUGGUUUGACACUGUUACUAGGUGGAAUAAAAUAAAACUAAGGACACUUUAACCUCCCGGAGCUCUUCAAUGUCGUCAAUAGCCCACUUUUUCAGUAUUAUUAUUAUUAUUAUUAUUAUUAUUAUUAUUAUUUCACUUUCAGUUGUUUUAUUAAACCCACAGUAAGACCUUAACCUCCCCCCCCCUAGUUUAACGUCAGUGAGUAUAUGAUUGUGCUGUUUUUUGUUUUCUUUGAUUUCAUUCCUGUUUUGUCUUCCGACUGCUGCAUGCUGUAUCUGGGAAGAAAGUUUGAGGGGAGUGGGGGAGGGGUUGGUUGACGAGAGAUCUUUCACUAAGACGUUUCUUGUGAUUUGUAUUUCAAAUUUCUGGGGAGAAAUCUCGGGGCGUGAAAAGGGGUCGAAGAUUUUGCUGUUACUCUCUUCAAAUGCCUUUUCUUUUCCUUCUCCCUUCUUUUUGUAGUGGAAUUAAAAGACAGAAACCAUCUGCUGUGUGAAA